AUGAAAAGUCUCUAUGGCCUUAAGCAGGCAGGGAGACAAUGGAAUAAAGAACUGACUGCCAAAUUACAGAGUUUUGGAUUCCACCAAUCUGCAUUUGAUCAUUGCCUAUUUACUAUAGGUUCUGGAAAUGAUUUUCUAGCCUUACUUGUCUAUGCAGAUGAUUUGUUGAUUACAGGAGCAAAUGAGGAAAGAAUUAUAGCAGUUAAGCAAUUUAUGGAUAAACAGUUCACAAUUAAGGACCUGGGGUAUGUGAAGUACUUUAUGGGGCUUGAAUUUGCCAGGUCAGAAAAGGGGAUGUUUCUAAAUCAACGAAAAUGCAUCCUAGAUAUUCUCCAGGAUGCAGGUUUACAAAAUGCCAAGAUAGCUACCUACCCCUUGCCCAAGGGAUUAAAAUUAGGCAAUGAAGUAGGAGAAUUGCUACAAAACCCCGAUAAAUACAGAUGGCUAGUGGGAAGAUUGUUGUACUUGGGGCUUACGAGGCCAGAUAUCUCUUAUGCAACUCAGCAGCAAUGUCAAUUUAUGCAAGCCCCUCGAAGAACUCAUUGGGAUGCUGCCAUCCUUGUGUUAAAAUACUUGAAGGGAUGUCCAUCGAAGAGCUUGUUUUAUCCAUCAAAUAAUGAUUUAAAGCUUAGAGCCUUUUGUGAUGCAGAUUGGAUAUCUUGCCCUAUUUCCAGGAAAUCGAUAACUGGGUUCUAUAUCUUCCUUGGGCCCUCCUUAAUCUCAUGA